CCUUCCUUUGUAUCCCCACCCAACACAAUGGCUGAACCCUCACCCAUCGAUUUAAAAGACACCAUGUCCUUUUCCCGCAUCAGUAUCCUACAAUCAGACGAUCAAGAGCUAUUUUCCACAGCCUCCUCCCUGAUACUGCAAUUCGCUGUCUUGGGGUACACGGAUGUAGCGUCGCGCCUGCAGUCAAAGCUCAAUGCUCAUAGUCAACACGCUACCCUGCGUCCGCUAUGGUUCCUCUGGGACAGGCUGGGCGCGUGGCCUUGGGGCGAGGAAGAGCAAGUAAGGGAGGAGAUUAGGGAGGGCUGGAAGAACGGGAAUGAGGCAAAGCGAUCUGAGGACGGGGCGCCGGCUGGGAAGCAAGCUAAACUCGAACUCGAGACGACGGCCGGAGACAAAGAAGUGACGCGUGAGGAUAUUAAGCAGCAUCUUGACGAGUUGGCGAGGGAUUACGCGCAGACCUGGUGGUACCUUGGCAAGGCGGAGGGGGAGAAGAAGAGUCCGCACGAGCACGAGCAAGAACCGGCGCUCGCAGUGAAGAGAGAAGCUAUCACAAGCAUUCUGAACGCCGUCGAUGAGAUGGAGCCCGAAGAAUCUAAAGAUGCACGCGCAGCUGCAAUGGCGAUGGACAUUUCCUCCGGCCUCGUUUCCGCGCUCGAUCUCGCACUCGCCCUGGAAGCCGAGGGCGAAGAAGCAGAAGAAAAUACGCAGGCGGUGGGGAAGUUACUCGACCUCUAUACCGACGAAGUCUCGCAAUUCGCGCAGCAGCUAGACGACGUGUUUACCGAGCGCUUCGAGAAGGGGAAACUGGUGCUAAGCGAUCUCCCAAUACGAAGCGUACUGGAGAUCAUAGAGCGCAACGCGCUCACCAACCCCUCCGCCCUCCACCAACUUAAGGAGCUCAUGUCCCCGCCGUUCUAUCACUUCCGCGAUCCCGCGACCCCAGAGCAGGUCGCGGACUUGGAGAAACAGCUAAACGUAUCCCUGCCAGCCGACUACAAGGAAUUCCUCGCAAUCAGCAACGGCUUCGUGGCGCCCUUCAACGGCUACAUCCCCGAGCCGACUCUCCAACCCACCAGCGACGUCGGCUGGGCCGACGAAGACAUCUGCAAGGAGGCGCCGCUUGAUCUGCUGGAAGACGGGUAUCUGGCCUGGGGCCCGCGGGCUUUCGAUAUUCUGGUCAAGGCUGUCGAGAUCGGUACGGCGGACGUAGACAGUACAUGGUUGAUUCCACCCUCAAAAGUCGCAGAGGUGAAGCAAGCUGUUCGACGUAUAUUGAGUGAAGAGGACAAGGAGUGCGGGGAAGAAGAGCGGCAGAAGGUGGCCAAGGCAGUGCAGCGCUUCGCGGGUAGCGAGGAGGAGUUUUGGGGGCUGCAGUGGUGCUGUGUGUCGUAUAUUGCCUUUGAGAUGAGCGCGUAUCCGUCAUUUAAGGCGUAUUUAUGCAAAAUGGCAGAGCGUGGGGAUGAUAGGAGGGAGGAGGAUUUGUUGAGGGGGAAGCGAUUUUGGGGGUACGCGUUUGUGAGGGGGAGCAGGAGGGAGGCGCUCGGGGUGAGCUGGAUGAAGUUGUUUAAGGCUGAUGCUGAGAAGAGGAGGAAGUUGUGAGCAUUGGACUUGCGAUGACAUCGGCCCUAUGGAGUUAAUGGAAAUGCUGAGUAGGAAGGAGAAACGGUUUGGAAAGCGUAGACAAGAAGACGAAUAGCGUCCUGAUGCUGAGAUUGGGGCUGGAGGUUUGAGACACGCGGCUUUUGGACAAGGCGACGCAUUUCACCGUGGUGGACCAUACGUGCAGAACGCCAAAUCACGCGCAAACGGAGGGAACAAACAUCUCCACAGGCGGUGCAUGAGUGGGUGGGGCCAUUUGUCCGUCGACAAUUUUCGAUAGCGCCCAAAAGCCACAGGCUCCCAUUCCAGACAACCACAUUCAGCCGACAUGCACCAGGAUCCCGAUUCGGCCGCUGCACAAAGCAGGAAUUUUGUACCGCAAAGUUGCCCGGACUCGCCCCGAUUGGCUAAUGAUAGCGAUUUUGAUCGUCGAUUGCUCCACGUGACAGAGCU